AUGUAUUUGGCGUGCAUAGCUCAUGCGUUGUCCAUUCUGGCGGCGCCCCUUUCUACCCACAUUCACGUCAAGAACGAAAUAAAGCUGGAGAUUAGUGUUGACGCUAACGGCGACGAUGCGCACCGCAGAGUCAGAGGUGAUCGCGCAUUCGCGACGCAUCGACGAAGCUACAAGGUCGUCAUUUUGAUGACAAUCGAACAGGACGCAGAUGCUCACAAUUUGACAUCUGCGCAGUGA